CGGUCCGUCCGUUGGGCGCAAGCGCCCGCUGUCGAAACUUGCAGCGCCAGGGCCUGAGGGUCUUCCAGCGGUCUUCCCCUCGGGGCCUGUGCCGAAGCCGCGGGGGCCCGGACCCGCGUGGCUGCUGCCUGCGCGACCUCGGCCCGUGCUGCGGCGGCGGCGCCAAGCGGCCCAGGCCUGGCCAUCUCGCGGAGGCCGAGGUCGCCGCGGUGUUCCUCAGCGGCCUCCAGCUGGAGGGCACCGACGCCCUCCUCGCUCUGCGGGGCAUCGCCGCCGCGCCCGACGCGUGCCGGGAGCGCGAGGAGGCCGAGAGGCGGAGAGCCGAGGAGGAGAGGCGCGCGGCCGAGGAGGCGGCCGAGCGGGAGUGCAAGGAGAGGCCGCCAGGCUGCAGGCUCAGAAGGCCGCGGAGGGCGGGUUCCCGACCUUCGACGCGGUGUACGACGCGGCCGCGAAGGCCCUCGGGGAGCGGCACGCCCGCGAGAGGGCGGGGCUGAGCGCCGCCCUGGAGGCGGCGGAGGCCGCGGCGGCGGAGGCCGCGGGCGAGGUCGCGGCGCAGCGGGGCGCGCUGGAGAGGGCGGUCGCUGCGCGGGCUGCCUUGGAGGAGGCCAGCGCCGCCAGCGGCCUGGCCGCCGAGGAGGAGCGCGCGGCCAGGCGGCAGGCUGAGGAGGGCGCCUCCGAGGCGGAGCGCGCCUCCGCCGCUGCCGCGGAGCGCACGGAGCACGCCGAGGCGGCCCGUCGGCGGGCGGAAGAGACGUUAGAGGAGGAGUGGGCGGCCAAGCGGCAGGCCGAGGAGAGGGCCGCCGAGGCGGAGCGCGCCUCCGCCGCUGCCGCGGAGCGCACGGAGCACGCCGAGGCGGCCCGUCGGCGGGCGGAAGAGACGUUGGAGGAGGAGCGGGCGGCCAAGCGGCAGGCCGAAGAGAGCGCCGCCGAGGCGGAGCGCGCCUCCGCCGCUGCGGCGGACCGCGCGGAGCACGCCGAGGCGGCCCAGCGGCAGGCCGAGGAGAGGGCCACCGAGGCGGAGCGCGCCUCCGGCGCUGCCGCAGAGCGCAUUGAGCACGCCGAGGCGGCCAGGUUGCGCGUGGAAAAGGUGUUGGAGGAGGAGCGGGCAGGAAAGCAGCAGGCUGAGGAGAGGGCCGCCGAGGCGGAGCGUGCAGCCAGGGAGCACCGGUCGCGCGCAGAGGAGGCGGCGGCGAGGGCGGAACAUGAGGCCCUGGGGAGGUGUGCGGCCGAGGCCAAAGCCGCAGCGGCCUCGGCUGAACUGGAGGUUGUCAGAGACAGGCUAGGCCGGAGCCUCGAGGAGGAGCAGGCUGCCCGAAGGGUGGCCGAGUCUGCCAACGCGAAGUUGUUCGAGAUGGGGGAGCUCAAUGCCGAUCUGGAGCGCCGAGUGAAGGCUCUCGGCCCCGAGGUGGUGUCGGAUCUCAUUUGACUGUUGCGGCCCUGCCCGUCUUCUUGCGGUCAUCUAUGUCGUGUCAGGUCGUUGACAAGAGCUGCCAGGUCUCCCGGAAGCGGGACUGACGAUAUCAUGAGUGGGGCUUCUCGUGUCCUUCCUGGCGCGGCGAGGGUGUCCUUUGUACAGCGCGUACGCUGCAGGCUCCAGACCCCGGCCUGCUCCCUGCCUCUGGGAGGCGGCGCCGAGGACUCGGCCGCGCGUGAGGGUGGACUGUCGCCAGGGUGACCCCUCGAAGCCCUUGGUGCGGGCACGCGGGGGGCCCCCCAGCACCGGCGCCUCCUCAGCUCCGUCGGCCACCAGGCCCGGCCUCGCCUGCGCAGGCGCCGCCCGGGGGUCCGACGUGGCUCAAGAGCUGCAGCAUCACAUGAAAAUUUGGGACCCGAGCCCUGGACCAAAUUUUUCCGCUGC